AUGCUGAAUAGAAACCAUGAAUAUCAAUGCAGUCUCUAUACUACUGCUAAACAGAGGGAGUAGCAAGCUUUGACUUAAAAAUAAAAAGAACUCAGGGCUAAGCUUUAAAGAUAAACUACUGUGAUAAAAGAGGAGACUGCUAGUAGUAAUGGUAACUAUGAUUAUGGCCUCAGAAGUGAAAACAGGGAAGACUAUUUGACUUAGAUUGAGUAGACAACUAAAGAUUUAGAGGAGAUACAAAAAUAGAUUUAGAAAAAAGAGAAUGAACAGUCAGAGUAACUAAGCAAGGACGCAUAUUAAGCUAUGAUGACAGCAAGUUUUAAUCCAGAUAUGGAAUUAGCAAGAAGAACAAAGGACUUUAUUUAGAAAGAGAGAAUAAAGAAAAACAGCUCUAAGGACUUUUUAUAUAGCAGAGUAGAUGUGUUCUUUAAAGAUAAGCUUAAAGAAGCACAGGAGAAGGAUAAAUCUUAUAAAUAUCAGAGACUACUAAAUAAAAUAGCUUCUUAGUCAAUAAUAGAGGAUUAGAAAACUUCUCAGCAUCACCAAUCACAGGCUGAAAAUAAGCACAAUAUUUUUACUAUUAGUAGAAACUCAGCUGCAUCGAGACCAUUUACUGCUUUUACUAAGUUCGGGGCCUAGAGCAUUAAAACUGAUACAUAACUUUCAAGGUUCAAACAAAAAAUAUACUCUAUAUCAAGCGUUUCUUCAUAACAGCAACUUCAAGGAGUUACUAUAAAUAUCCUAAGUGAAAGAAAUGAAAACAAUUAGAUUGAAGUAAAAUCAAUCGAUGAUCCUUUUCCAGAAUAAAACUCAAGGCAGUCAGCAGCAUUGACCAAAUUUAAAACCCAUAUUCAAGACAAACCAGGUACUGCUAUCAAAGCUUUCCAUCCAUAUUAUGAUACAAACCCAAAGGAAGGUACUUCUAGCACUAUUAUCAAUAUCAAUAAGCUCUCAAUCCCAAACAGACCACAAAGUUUUGCUUAAAGUAGAAUCUCAGAAAUGAGAUAGUCUUUGGUUGUGAAUCAGCAUAAUGAAAGUGAAAACGAUAAUUUCCUAUAGCCCAGUAUAAAUCAGGAAAACAUGUCUAAGUCAAUUUAAAGACCUUAAACACAAGGUAUUUCUAAUCAUAACAUGGAGACAUAAAAAAGUGAGAGCAAUUUUAGAAUUUCAAGACCCAAAUCUUCAUCUUAGAGAGCUGAUGCCAAGAAAAGACUACUAAAAAGUGCCUCAGGUUUAGAUAUUUUAAAACGUAAUAUGGUAAGCAUAAGCAAGGAACCACAGUAUAUGUCACAUAGAUUGUUAGUAGAAGCUAAAUAAAGCAAAGAGUAAGUAUAAAAAGACGUAGUUUCAUUGAUAGUUAACUGCAAGAAAUUCUAAAGAUAAGCUAAGAGCAAAUCAUUCACAAGGAAAAUUAACCAGGUAAUAUAAUUAGUGAUUAAAGUCAUCAAUGUUUUAUAGAAUUACAAUUAAUACCAAAGAUAGGAAAAGCGUAUGACUAAAGAGAUAGAAAAUCUAAAGGAUGAUAUAAUGAUGGCAAGAUUGGAGAAGUUUAACUAUAUGGAGGAUCUUGAAGAAAUUAAAGAGGAUUAGAUUUGA